AAGGGCCUCUACAGGUUUCCUCUGGUUCUUCGUCUUCAAAAAUUCCUCCGUUUCUUGUUCAUUACAAGAAAACACUUUUGAAAAAUUUGGAGUCCGAGGCUUAGGCUAAGGCAAACUUCUGCAAGAACUGGCUAACUCUCAGGGAAUUCUGGAGGAAAAUAGUGAUUGUAGUAAUCAGAGGGUGGUUCUCGCCCUAUAUGAGGCCUUAACAUCUCGAAACGUGAACACUGUUCACCAAAUCCUCGCCCCCGAUCUCGAGUGGUGGUUCCAUGGUCCUCCCUCCCACCAAUUUCUGAUGCGCCUUCUCACUGGAGCCUCAUCCAACGGCCAAUCUUUUCAGUUCGUUCCUCAAUCAAUCACUUCCUUUGGUCCCACCGUCCUCGUUGAAGGCUGCGAUCCUACCCGUUCAAUCUCCUGGAUCCACGCCUGGACCAUCACUGAUGGGAUAAUCACUCAGGUUCGCGAGUAUUUCAAUACCUCCCUUACUGUUACUCGCCUCGGUAACCCAACUGACUCUCCGUCGUCCUCCGUCGCGUCGGAGAUUUCCUCUGCCUCGUCGCUGCACCAUUGCCCUUCUGUUUGGGAAAGCACCCUCUCCAAUCAGGUCGGGAAAUCGGUGCCUGGGCUCGUCUUGGCCAUUUAAUCGGUUUCUCUGAUCCGGUGCGGCCGUUUUCUCUUAAAACUAAAUAAAUCUGUAAAAAAAAAAAAAAAUGUAAGAAACUUGGUGUGUGUUUGUUGAUUUGGUUCGUCGUUUUGCGUUUCUGUUUGGUUGUGUUGUUUCGUGAGUUUUGAUAUUGUGUGUGGUGGAGUUGGGUAAUUACCAUGGAGAUGACUUCCCAUUGGUCAGUUCCCGACGUAUUUAUAAUCUUUAUAAUAAGGACAUGUUCCAAUAUUUGCCUUAAA